CCAAAUAUUUCAUUUGUUUUCUCUCGGUGCACAUGAGGGUUCACUACGAUUGUGAGGAAAUCAUGACCUACCAAUUCGAAACAUGCGCACCAGAUCGUGCAGUUAAGUCCGUGUAUAUACGGCAUGCCUGAUAUAUGGUAGACUAAAACCAAUCGAUCGAAUUUGAAGAUACUGGUUCAGUACAUUUAAACAUCUGUUAAGACUUCACAACUGUCACCAUGGUCACGCAAGUCAUUCUGAAUUGUGAAUCUGUUUGAACUGAGGUGUCUUGUUACUGAUCCAAUGAAGAUACAAGCAAGAGUGGUGUAGAAGGAAUAUAACAAGCACUGCGGAAUAUACAAACUAGUAUCGUCUCAAAGGGAAAAACGCCUGGAAGUCAGUUGCAAUUUGGAAAAUUAUAUAUCAACGGAUAACUGCUGCACUAACUGCAGGUAUGCUGCUUCUGCUACUCCUGACCAUAAUCUUAGUGUCCUCUCCCUGUCUCUCUGAGCCUGAUCAUCAUGGGAGACGUGGUCAAAAACGUAAGGACGGUUCUGAUGUUGGAGUACUGGACACAGAGGUUGUGCAAGAAAAGCACCAUAUGCAAGAACAUCUUGAUGAAGCAGGAAUUAAAGUCGACUAUGAAGCAAUGGCACCACAGGAGAAGAUGUUUUACUUUUUCAGAUUCCACGACACGGACAACAGCAGCACCAUAGACGGGCUCGAGCUGAUGAAAGGCUUCCUUCACGAUGAUUUCGAGAACCACCUGCAUGGGCCAGAGAGGGAGGGCCAUCACAUCACUCCUGUGACGGAAGAAGAAAUGAGACAGUUUACAGAGCAAAUCGACGGCGUUUUCAAAGAAAAUGAUCACAAUAAUGACGGACACAUAGACUACAUUGAAUUUAAAAGCGUUAUGAAGCUGAUGAUGGCUUCAGAGAGUUCAUAAAAAAUGUCCGAUUUUUGUAAUUUAGCGG